AUCACAUCACACAUGUCCAUUCCAACUUCUUCAUGAUUAUGACACUUGAUUCUAGAUUUAGGUGAAAUCUGCUCUGCACGUGUGCUUAAUUGAAAUUGAAGCGAAUUCGAUUCGAUCAUUUUUCAUGUGUAUCUUCAGCAAUGGCUCUACAAAACGAAGAAUAUGUUGUGUCUCUCGUGUAUGAUUAUUUGCUGAAAAAAGAUACGGCGUUAGCAUCAACUUUCCAGGAGAAAUUUUCUGCAAAACCUCUCCCGAAAGGAUUACCGAGUUUGAAAGAGAUGGUAUCGUAUUAUCAGAAAAUAGAUAAGCGUCGAAAACACGUGAAAUUACCAAAAAAACAAUCAGCGAAAGUCUCGCCAUCGCCGGUGAGACCCAGCAAUUCCAUUUUCUCUAGAUCUGAGUCGGACGACAAAUCCUCAUCAUCGGACGGUGCAAGCCACCGUGGUUCAAGUCCCGCGGUGAGACCCCUCUCGAAGGUCUCCGCAACAACGGCGUCAUCCAAUCUGAAACCGCUGUCAAAGGUCUCCACGGUUCCAGCGUCAUCUAAUCUGAAACCACUGUCGGAAGUCUCCACGAUUCCGGCGUCAUCCAAUCCGAAACUCCUAUUACCGACGAUCACACUUUCCACGAUACCGUCAGAUUUCAAACUCCUACCAGAAAAAACGUUGCAAGAAAUAUUGGAAAUGCACCUACCUCCAUCUUAUACGACUGUAGCACAACCAAUAUCGAAGGGAACCACAAAGAAAACUUCCACUUCAGCGUUCGCAAAACAAGCAAAAUCCAUUUCCAAACCAUUAAAGAAUGUUCCACCUACUGGAAAGUAUGGCAAAUCAGAAUCGAACCCGUCACGACCGCCUCAACCUACCAAGAAAGCAGUGGUACCAUCAUCAUCAGAAGAAUGUUCAAGUUCAGACGUAGAUGUCGCAUCGCUCACGAAACCAGCAAAAUCCAUUUCUAAACCAUCAAUGAAUAAGAACGUAUCAGUGGUAACAUCAUCAUCGGAAGAAAGUUCUGGCGAGAGUGAUAGUGAUGAAGAUGUAUCGCUCACAAAACAGGAAAAAUCCAUUUCCAAACCGUCAAAAAAUGGGCCAAGUUUUGAGAAAAAGACCCAAACGGUAUCGAAAAUGAAUACACCUAUCCUGCCUCUAACUGCUAGUGCGCAAUCAUUAUCUUCGGAGGAGGAAACUUCAAGCUCAGACUCUGAUAGUGAUGAAGUCCAAUCCGUUCCCAAAGCGCUUAUGAAUGUGUCUUAUUCGCCCAAAAUACCCGAAAAGAAAUCUGAAACGAACCAGCCUCGCAAUGUUACAGCUGGUCAGCAAAAAAUAGCACCGAAUGUCGAAUCGCUCACAAGAAAAGCAUCAUCAUCGGACUCAAGUUCAAGUUCAGAUGAAGAUGUAUCGCUCGUAAAACAAGCAAAAUCCAUUUACAAACCAUUUACGAAUGUUCCGCCUCCUGGAAAUAAGUUCCAAACAAAAUCAGAAUCGAACACAUCUCGGCCGCUUCAACCUACCAAGAAACCAGGGGUACCAACAUCAUCGGAUGACAGUCCAAGUUCAGACGAAGAUGUCAUAUCGCUCACAAAACCAGUAAAAUCCAUUUCUAAACCAUCAACGAAUGGUUCAAACCCGCCUCAAACCAAGAAGGCAUCAUCUUCGGAUUCAAGCUCAGAAUCUGAUGAUAGUAAGGAUGUCCAAUCCGUUCCCAAAGCGCCUGUGAAUGUGUCAAAUUUGCCCAAAAAACCCGAAAAGAAAUCUGAAGCGAACCAGACUCGCAAUGUUACAGCUGGUCAGAAAAAAAUACCCCCGAAGAAAGACAGUUCUUGUUCAGAUGAUUCCGAUGGCGCUAGGUCCGCGAAACGAGCAAAAUUCAGUUCCAAAAUCGAUACAAAACUGUCGAAUUCUUCAAAAAUUUCUCAAAACGUAUCUGAAUUGAGGCCGAUGCGAAUUCGAAAGAAGAUACCAAAAAAAACAUCUUCAGCAGAUUCCACUUUCACUUCAGAAUCCGAUAAAGACGCGUCUGCGAAAUGCAGUGAAAACUUGAAUCUCAUCAGCAUCAACCACAGUCGUAAACAAGAUUCCUUGAAUUUAGCUACCAAAACUCAAAACAAACCAAGAAAUGACAGAAAAAAGAAAUAAACAUCGUCAAGUGUCCUCGGGGCUGAAGAUCGACUUGACAAUUUUGAACGUCAAACUCGAAGCUAUAAAAAGCGCGAAACAUUCCUGUCGAAUAAUUUAAGUUAAAAAUAAGAAGUAUUUUGAAAUUACCUCGUAAUUUACUUGUAAUAACGUUAUCUAUCUAUGCGCGCAUCGGAUUGGAAAUCGCUGUCGCUACUAUCGCACUAUCGCUUUGAAGUUUGGAGAAAAUGUAGUAACGUUGAUAGUUCGAUAGUACGUAAUUAUUCAUUCAUGAAUGAGUUGUAAUGAGUGAGUGAUGUUUUCUGUUUAUAUUUUAUUGAUUGAUAUACGUACGCAGAUCUACACAGGUCACUUGUUCAUUCGAUUCCUCUAAAUAUAUGAUAAUACUAAAUAUUAACUAGGUGUUUUUAUUCUAUUUGAUGCCAUUGCAUAGACUACGAUAGUCUACUGGAGUACUCUAUAAGAUGUAAUUUCGCCAAUGUUUUGAUAUUAUGAUACCCUGAAUUCGCCUUUGCAUUUCUGAAUCGCGAAGUACCCAGAGAAACAGACUUCCAUGGAACAUCUUCAACUUUUAGCUCAAGAAAUAUUGGGCAGUAGAUGUUGAUAGUAUUGACAAAAAUACGCCUAAAAGGGCGCCCAUGGUCCAAAAAUGUCUUACAUUCGAUCACGAAAUUCUCUAACUAUCAGUUUCGAAGGAAUGGCUUAUAAUUUUGCGAUAUAUUCUUUAAUAAAUGGAAUAAUUGGCAAUUUCCAUCUGCGAGGUACUACUAUUAUGUUAUUUAAAUCUGGCACAAAAACGUCAUCAUUAGAAGCGUAACCAAUAGCGCAACUGGUCGAAACGGCAUCGAGUCACGCUUUUUUGAUAGAACUUCCGUCCAUUAGAUAUAUUAGUAGUGACCUCAUUGUUUUUAUAAAUUUUUCUUCAUUA